AGAGAGGCAACUACAAUCAAUGGCUUGGCUUUGAAAUCGUUCAAAUUUUAUUGGGAAGGAGUGUGAGAUAGAGCGACAGUGAGAGAGGGAGAGCAGCGAGGGAGAGAGCGAGAGAGAGUGGCGAGAGGGGUGGAAAUAAAGAUCCUUUUCAACGAUGGAGCUUACAAUGGAAAACAUUGGAAAUCUGCACGGUGUAUCUCACUCCCAUCAAACGAGCGACUUAAUGAACUCCCCACACGCGCGCCAGUCGUCGGCGUCGCAUCGGAACUUGGUCUCGCACGGACGGUCAGCCAUGGUGUCCAGCAUGGCCUCGAUACUGGAGGGAGCAGGGGACUACCGCACAGACCACGCUUUGUCUGGCCCCCUGCAUCCGGCAAUGACCAUGUCGUGCGACUCCGGGAUGAGCCUGAGCAGCACCUACACCACGCUGACGCCGCUGCAGCACCUGCCCCCCAUAUCCACCGUCUCGGAGAAAUUUCACCAUCCACACCCACAUGCUCACCAUCAUCCGGCGCACCAACGACUCGCAGCCGGGAACGUCAGCGGCAGCUUCACCCUGAUGAGGGACGACCGAAGCCUCGCCUCUAUGGGUAACCUCUACAGCCACUACCCCAAAGACAUGUCCGGCAUGGGGCAGCCUCUGUCCCCUCUGUCCAACGGCCUGGGCUCUUUGCACAGCUCCCAGCAGACUCUCAGCGCCUACGGUCCCGGAGCUCACCUCUCCAACGACAAGAUGAUCUCCUCGGGGGGCUUCGAGUCCCACGCAGCCAUGCUGUCCCGAGGCGAGGAGCACCUGGCCCGGGGUCUCGGGGGCCAUGGGGCCGGGCUCAUGGCAUCUUUGAAUGGCAUACACCAUCACAGCCAUCCGCACUCUCAGGCAAACGGGUCCAUGCUGUCAGACCGGGACAGGCAGACGGUGGUGGGAGGCGGGCAGGGAGCCGGGUCAGGGCAGGUGGAGGAGAUAAACACCAAGGAGGUGGCACAGCGAAUAACGGCAGAGCUCAAGCGCUACAGCAUCCCUCAAGCCAUCUUUGCUCAGAGGAUCUUGUGCCGGUCCCAGGGAACUCUGUCUGACCUGCUGCGGAAUCCUAAACCGUGGAGUAAACUCAAGUCUGGCCGGGAGACGUUCAGGAGGAUGUGGAAGUGGCUCCAGGAGCCCGAGUUCCAGCGGAUGUCGGCGCUCAGGCUUGCAGCCUGCAAGCGCAAAGAACAGGAGCAACACAAGGACCGCAACACGGCACCCAAGAAACAGCGCCUGGUGUUCACUGACCUGCAGCGCCGCACACUCAUCGCCAUCUUCAAGGAGAACAAGCGUCCAUCCAAGGAAAUGCAGAUCACCAUCUCCCAGCAGCUUGGCCUGGAGCUCAGCACCGUCAGCAACUUCUUCAUGAAUGCACGGCGCCGCUGCGUGGACCGCUGGCACGAUGACCAUGGUGCCAGCCCCGGGCAGCCGGGCACAUCCGCCACCACCUUUUCCAAGGCCUGA